CAACUUGAUCAUCAGAGCAAUGAGCUGUCCCUACCUACUGUUCAAGGACUUCUCAUCAUGUUCAUCGUCAGCUGCUACCUUGGGCAAGACAAAGCAGGUGUCAUGUCAUUUGGGAUACGACAUGCUUGACCGUCUUCACAUAGAGAAACGACUAGAAGAGACUGACAGUCUAAAAGAAAAAAUAGCAUACUGCAAGGCAUCAUGGGGCAUCUACUGCUACGAGAGUGUGCUCGCAAGCUUCCACAAUCGGCUCCCAGCAGUCCGUGAACCUUCCGUUCCUCGCUUAUUUCACGAUCCAAAAUGGGACCUGGAUGAUGUCGCCAACUUUGAUAUCUUCGGAGAAGAGUUCACAAGCAGCUCCUAUAGUCCUGCAUUUGCGCCUGGUGUCUUCAAUGCGCAGUGCGAUCUGGUCAUCUUUGAACAAGAAGUCAAUAAGUAUAACAAAGAAAUAGUCGGCUCUAAAAGCGGAAAAUACUUGCGCAAGCGCAGGGCCCUCUACAACAGGUUAAGACGAUUGCGCAGCUCGCUGCCAAAUCACUUACAGAAUGAUCAUAAUUCUACGCCUGGCACCAAUCUCCUCCGGCUGCAUUACGAUGAAAUCGCCAUGUUCAUACUGCGGCCUGUUAACCCCAGCCAGUUGUGCUUCAAGAAAUCCACAGCAUAUGACCUGCACGUAGAGCAUUCCCAAAGCCUUGUCCAGAUCGCGGAAAACCAUUUCCACACUCAUCUUCGAAGCGAUUACACGAUAAUGUUCAUGCACGGCACGUUCCAUGUCACCUUGACACUUGUGCCGUUUCUGGACGAACCUAUCUGUCAAAAUCUGUUCACUCGAGCUGCUGCUGCAUUCCAUCGAGGGGUUCAAGACAUCCCAGGUAUGCAGUUGGUCCUUAGUGCUGUCGAGGCGGUUGUGUGGGCAAUGAAGAAAGAGAUUCCCUCGGCAGCAAAAGCAUCGUUCAAGGGCCAGGCACCCAAGGAUGUAAAUGAUGUGUCCAUGGAAUGGGUGUUUCCGCAGCUGGAGUACGUGCAAAGUCAGGCCGAAGUGAGCCAGAGGAUUUGGAAGAUGCCAGAGGUCGCCUUGGUGUUCUACUACAAAAGUGGAACGCUCUGACCCUGUAAGCACGACAUGACUUGGAGAGCCUGCACAGAAUCUUGAAAUGACUUCUUCAUUUUGUACGGUAUCAUUGAAUAUAC